GGCGGGCGCGCGCGGCGUGAGGGCGGCGGGCGGCGGCCUGCGGGUAGGUGGCGGGGCCGCUCCCAGGGGCCGUGGGGCUCCGCGCCGGGCGGGCGGGGUGAGGUGAGGUGAGGGGGGAUGCGGCCGGGAGCGCCUCCGAGAGCGGCCCGUGACAGAGGACGGGGGGACGGCGGGGAGGCCGCGGAGAGCUGCCCGUGCUGCCCUCCCUCUCGCCCCACCGCGGUGUGUCCCGGGGUACCACACGGCUUCGAGCGCUGCCUCUGGCCCAGCGGCGUUUGUCACCCCGCAGGGCGAUGAGAGAGGUGCUCGCUGGGGUACGGGAGAGGCGGUCUGUGAGCUCCGUCUGUUUGGUUACCGGUCGGGAAAGCGGCGGCGGUGCGGUGUGUCUGCAGGCGGGGGGCACCUCCAGCAGCGUUUGGCACAGGCGGCGCAUCGCCCUGUGUGUUUCUGUUGCCAUUUUUCAUUGUAAGAAGUGUGGUUGCAGACAGAAUGCGUGCUUGUCGUUGGAACUGCUUGUUAGGUGACAGACGACAGUGCCAAAGCAUGACUUACUCCAGCUGUUGGAGCAGGUUGGGGGAAGGUGAGGUGCCCCAUCCCUCAGCCAAAACACACCUGCCGUGGCCCGGCCGAGCCCAUGGCAGCGCACGUACAACCCAAGCAGAGAUGUCUCUGUACUGACAAAUCCCAGCAUAGGCUCACUUCUUAGGAUAUUUGGUUCCUGCGCACCUCCAACAGCAGCUCUGUGUGAUCAGUGUGGUUUGAACCCAUGUGUUGCAUUAUUUCAUGAAAAUGUGCUUGUGCGGCCUUGCUGUCAGGGCAUGUCUGUGGUGGAGUACAGCCUCAUCGAGACCAUGGUGCUGAUUGGUCUGACCCCUGUGUGGCUGUGCCCAGCCAGCCCCCACUGGUGUUAUCUGAGUGAGGGUAUGGUUCCCCAGGGCUCCCUGUAGUGUACAGUGACCUUUUUCUUGGAAUGAUGCUCUGGGAUACAGGUGCAUUCCUGAGAGCAGAUGGCUUGUAAUGCAAUACAUGACAACGUAUAACAUUGUCCUUUUUUAUUUUCCUUGCCCCGUGCUUAGCUGGCUGAAGCAAACCAGAGCUGAAUGAUGGUACCCGGAGCAUCACGUUUGAUUUAUGCACAUAACUAAUCUGAAAUUCCAGGUUGCUUUAGAGCAAAUGAGAAGUUAGAGCUUUCCUGAUGAGAGCUGUCUGCUUCCUGGGUUGUGUGGAUGAGAAGAGAAAAAGAUAGCCUGCACCUUGCUUGGAGCUGCAGUGCAGCAAGCCUGCCAGGAGUGCUUCACACAUUGUCCUUCUGAGAGGGAGCCCAAAGGAGGAUGGUGGCUUUGGAUCUGCAGACACUAAGGCCCCAAGCAGUGCCAGCUCCCAGCUGGUAUGCAGAGGGUGACCGCUAUGCAGGGGCAGGAGACCUCCCUCAGACUGCUUCUGGCUCUGCCCCAGGAACCAGGUGCUUGGCAGUGCCUUGGGCCACAGCUUCAGCUGGACAAAUCUUAGGUACCGCUGCUCCGUGAGCUCUAAUUGCCAGGAAGGGUGCAGAAAGCUCAGCCUUGAUGUCCUGUGGCUGACGGAGGAAUGCUGAAUGGGAGGAAGAGCACGGCCCUUGUUGACGUUUGUGCUGCUCGCCUGGUGGUGGAUGGUGCAUUUGUGAAGUUCAGCUGUGAGUUUUGCAAUAACAGGAACCAGGCUUAAAUGUGGAGCAGCUUUUGGAAGUUAGAACAAAUAGGCUCAGAUUGAAGCAGUAUAGGUGAAUAAAGGUAAUGUGAAGCACUGUGCUACUUAAUAAGAAAAGACAGUGAAACAGUUGCAGCCUUAUUUCCAGUCCUAGUGGAAAGGCUGCAUUACCCCAGCACAGACACAGAGAUCAGAGGUCUGUAGCAGGGGUAAGAGUGCUGUGUGAUGCACAUCUUUGAUCUUUGCAGUGACUACUUGGUUCACUGAUGUCCAGUGUAGUGUGGAGUAGACAGGCAAUAUAUUCUGUUUUGCAGCUAGGCUGAUUUCCACGUCUCAGUAUUUCAAAGGAUAACAAAAUUAGUGUUUACCCAUAGAAAAUAGGAGACAGGGACCGUUUGUGCUUGCCAGCAGAACACUGAGCAAAAGUAAUGCUGUUUGCCAACUGAAAAGUUCUUUGUUUGAAAGCCCUUAAUACAGGGCAGCUCUGAACAUGCAGGUUUUUCCAGUUCCCAAAGUGGCACCAGAGCUCUCUCCUUGCCUAACUCUUAACAUCAUCAAGGUGGAUCGUGACAGCCCCAAUUUUCACUUGAGGCCUUCGCAAGCUAAAGGUGAUAUCUUCUGCCUCUGUUUCAUCAAUGCAUUAUUUAACGUACACCCUGUGUCGUUCUGUAUCUAGUUGUUUAGGUGAAGCAUUUAGGUAUUUUAAAUCUGAAUGCCUUAAAGCUUUCAUGCACUUGUCAAGUCCCUGAUGUGGUAGGGAAGAAGUGUAGGCCAAAGUGGGGAAACAAUAGGAGAGGCUGAGUGACUGGUUCAUGCUUCUGAAGGGCCUGCAGCAGUGGAAGAGCCAAAUCUCGAGCUCACCUGAGUGAGUAGGCACGUCUGUUCACUGCGGGUAGGAUUCAGAAUAUUCUUCAGGAUGAGAUGGUUCUGGGUUGAGACAGUUAACGUGUAAAAACCAACAAUUAUUUUCUGCUUCUCUGGAAAAUACAUUCUUUAUGCCACGAAUACAGUAUGGUUUUUAACACAGGCAUUAAAAACAAUACCCACUGUAUAGGCAAACCUUCCCCUUUCGCUUUCUGUCUUUCCCUUUUUUCACAAAAGGCUGAUGCAGGACAAAUGGAGAAUUUGAGUUCCCUUGAUCCGGUGGCUUGCUAUCAAGUCCUGAGUCAGCAUCCAAACUGGAAAGCUGUCCAGAGGGCUGGGGCAGCUCCUCCUGUCACAUCUCACAGGGCCUGACAUCUCUGCAGCUCUCUGACAACCACUGAUUGACAUGGCUGAAUGUGGGAUCAGACCAUGGGCCUGACCUGAUUCCUUACUGCCCGUAUGACCUGCAUCUCCUCGUCACCUGGCUCAGUCACUCUCCUGUGUUCGUGUACCUUGGACAGUAACCGCUUUCAUGUUGCCUCUCUUUCUGCUCUCAGGCCAGCAGCAAAGGGGCUUUGUAGGUGGAGGUGCAGCUGUUUGUCAAUAACUCAAGACUCUCAGGCGACUCUUUGUUGCAUCAUAAUUUAUUUAUACAGUGCAUCUUUGAUGGUUAAACAGAAAUGAUAUAGGCAUUAACCAGGAAGCUGUUGCCAUCUGUCCUGAGAGACUGUGUACCACAGACAUUCUUUUAAUUAAGAAAACAUGGCCUUAUUUUCCUUACUAUUACACUAUUGGAAUUCCAUUAAUGCUGCAGAAGUUGCUACUUUUUUACGGUGCUGUCAGUGAGAAAACUGUGGGGUUUGUGCCCUAUGUGGCCACCCCUUCCCAGCCUGUGUUGGCCCUGAGGUGGGAGUUCCUACAUCAGACAGGUGUCUAUGAGGUCAUUCCCUCUUUAUACUCUCUCAUUAGGUUGAAACUGUUGCCCUAAGUGUGGUCUGAGUUUCCAGAAGAAAAAUCUAAGCUUGUUUCUACCAGGCAUAGCUGUUCCCAUGCUCCUGCGGUGGCUACAGUAGGGCUGGCAGAAUGGACUCUGCCCUGUGACGUUUUGAUCUGAGUCAAACAGUGUGUAGUUGGUGUACUGCUAAUAUCCUGGUGCCUAACCCUUCCCUAUACCAUUUUAACCAGAGAGAGGUAGUUUUGGUCUGUUUUGUUUUAAGUCUAUGUGGAGUCUUGAAAAUAUUUUGAUGGAAGUACAAUUAUAUAGUAAAUAUAAACUUGCUAAUGGUAGUCUUGCUUUUGUUAGCUGCUGUUCACUGCUGCUCUGAGUGUCCCGUUGACCCUCCGGGGUUCUAUAUGCCAGGGGUUGCAGAGUGCCAGGCAGAUGGAUGUCUGGAUGGAUCUGCGGGAAAUGGCCAAAAAUUCUCAGCAUUCUCAUUCCACUCCUGUUGAUCAGAUAAAAGUUUUCAGAAACCAUUAGGAAAAAUACACAAAAUAUUGGUAUUUCCUUGUUUUUCCUGCUGGAACUUGCUUUGGUGGGUUCUGCCAGGCUUGUUGUUAGAUCUGGGCUGUAGGAAAGCGUGGCAGGAGGAGCAAAGGUAAAUAUCCUGUUAGAAAACACACUUUCAUUUCUGUUGCAAAGAAAGAUUAAAUACCUAAUGUCUUCAUUAAUGUGGCUUUAUGUACAGAAGGCUGAAAUGAACUUCAAAAUGAGGUUGCAGUUUGUUUGUGUAUCUGUGUAAGUGUAGGUCAAUUAUUGGUGUUAAAGAGAAUGUCCAGUGCAUGAAGAUCACCUAGCAUAGCAGUUGCGAAUACAAUGUGACCAUUAAUGUAUGCUUGCUUCCUUUUGAUGACAAUUAACCUGAUAAUUGUUUAUCAGCUCUCAAAAUGCUGUCAGAAAACUCUAGUUCUCUGUGUUAGAAAACUGUCUUCAGGAAUGUGUUUACCUUAAAUAGGGUAAUAAUAACUAAACCCUCUAGAAAGACACAGUUUGCCCUGCUCUCUCUCUCUCUCUCUCUCUCUCUCUCUCUCUCUCUCUCUCUCUCUCUCUCUUUUCUUUCCCUCAAAAUUGCUUUAAUACAACAGGCAAAAUUGCUUUAAUACAACAGGCAACUCAACAGUCAGCGCAGGUAACUCCUCCCCAGAGUUGAACGUUAGAUGGACUUGUAACAGGGGAAGCACUUGCAAUGUCUGCACAGUCAUAGUGCAGUGUGGUAGGUCAUACUGAGGUGCUUGGUUUUCCCAGCAUGAGUAAUUAGAAGCAAAUCAGCCAGGUGAUGGUGAGCAGUGUACUUGUGAGAUCACAGCAUCAGACUGCAUUCAGGUACCCACUGGACGAAGGCCCAGCUCAGUUCUUCAUGCAUUCUUAACAUGGUGUUCAGCAGUUACAGGCCAUUAGAAAUAGUUUGUUGUAGUUUUUUUAUUUUACAUGACUGAUGUCAGGUCAAAAGACAGUUACUUAGUUUAUAAAAGGUGUAGCUGUGUAUUGUAAGCGUUUGUUGUAGCAGGAAGUGGAUUUUAAUUUCUUUUGUUUACAUUUCUAAUGCGUAUAUUACAUAUUCCUUUCAUUUUUUCCUGUGGUGCUAAAUGCCUUCCAGAUAAGAAAGAAAAGUUUCACUGUGACAUGAAGCUGACUGGACAUGUUUGCUGUCACAGUCUGACGUCCCUGCUGGCCUCCCUGCAGCGUGAUGCAGUGAUCAGAUCCUUGCCGUUGGUGUUCACCUGUUGUGUGCUCCUGAGCAGGAGGGGCUGACACACCCAAGCUGUGUGUGACAAACUGAGCUCCUGUGCAGGGUGAUUCCAGGGCAGGGCUGCCAGGGCAAGUUACUCCCCCACGCCACAAUCCCUGUUUCUUUUUUAAUAUGAAAAUACCAGGUUAGCCAACAUAAACAAAAAGAUGUUUAUGUAGGUCAGAAUAAGGAACUGCAAAUGUUAACCAGGCUAUGUGGAAGGCGACCCGAGACUCUGUGCUCAUAUAGCACAACUGUAAGAUGAUGACCUGGAUGAAGGGAUAGAGUCCGCCCUCAUCACGUUUGCUGAUGAUGCAAAGUGGGGAGAAGUAUACGUCUGGCUGACGUACCAGAAGGCUGUGCUGCCAUUCAGUGUGGCCUGGACAGGCUGGUGAGUUGGGCGGAGAGGAACCUGAUGAUCUUCAACACGAGCAAGUGUAGGGCCUUGUACCUGUUGAGGAAUUACUGCGUGUGUCAGUGCAGGUUAGGGGCUGACCUGCUGGAAAGAAGCUCUGCAUAGAAGGACCUGGGGGUCCUGGUGGGCAGCAGGUUGGCCUCGUGGCCCAGAAGGCCAAUGGUAUCCUGGGGUGUAUUAAAAAGAGUGUGGCCAGCAGGUCGAGGGAGGUGAUCCUCCCCCUCUACUCUGCCCUGAUGAGGCCACACACUGUACUGUGUUUAGUUCUGGGCAUCUCACAUCAAGAAAGAGAGGGAAGUUCUAGAUACAAAUCCAAUGGAGGGCCACCAAGAUGAUGAGGUAGACAGAACAUAUCCCUUAUGAGGAAAGGCUCAAAGACCUGGGACUGUUCAGCCUGGAGGAGAGAAGGCUGGGAUUUCAUCACUGUUUAUAAAUAUCAGAAGUGUGGGAGUCAAAUGGAUGGGGACAAGCUCUUCAGUGGUGUGCAAAGACAGGACAAGGGGCAGCGGGCAAAAACUGGAAUACAGUAAGUUCCAUAUGAAUAAUGUACAUGGAAACACAAGUGUUUCUCAAGUAAUGAAUAGUGUUCAUAUAGCAAUUACUGAUUUUUCAUUUUGUUGCUCAAUGAUAGCUCUGAAAGCAGUCUUAAAUAACUGAGUGCAUUAAAUAGCACACUUGUCCUCCACCCAGAAGUCAGUGUUAGAGGCCUGUGCUGCGUCUUACUGGCUUCCCUUCUGUAUUGCAGAAACUGGACCCUCAGGUGAGGCGCCUCCAGGAUCCUACCAGUUCCUCCUUUGGCACUUCUACAGCAAUGAUGCAAGUAUGGACAUAAUAGCCUAUGAUGAUUUCUUCAGUCCACCGCUUCAGAGAUAUUGAAAGGACACCCGAAUACCUCCAGCCGGAGAAGUGUGUUCCACCUCCUAGCCACGCUUCCUUGGGAACAAUGUGGUUUAUUCGAGAUGGCUGUGGUAUCGCGUGUGCCGUCGUCACCUGGAUGCUGGUGUUCUACGCUGACUUUGUAGUCCUUCUUGUCAUGCUAGUUCCCUCAAGAGAUUACGUUUAUAGUGUCAUCAAUGGCACGCUGUUCAACACCUUGGCGUUCCUUGCUUUGGCUUCACAUUUUCGUGCUAUGCUGACAGAUCCAGGUGCUGUGCCCAAAGGUAACGCAACGAAAGAGUUCAUUGAGAGUUUACAGCUAAAGCCAGGACAGGUGGUUUACAAGUGCCCAAAAUGUUGUAGCAUCAAACCUGACAGAGCACAUCACUGCAGCGUUUGCAAGAGGUGUAUCCGGAAAAUGGACCAUCACUGCCCAUGGGUCAAUAACUGCGUAGGAGAGAAUAACCAGAAGUACUUCGUACUGUUUACAAUGUAUAUAGCACUGAUUUCCCUGCAUGCUCUAAUUAUGGUGGGAUUUCACUUCUUGUAUUGCUUUGAAGAAGACUGGACAAAAUGCAGCUCCUUCUCUCCACCAACCACAGUGAUCCUUCUCAUCCUCUUGUGUUUUGAGGCUCUUCUCUUUCUCAUCUUCACCUCGGUUAUGUUUGGGACCCAAGUACACUCCAUCUGCACUGAUGAAACGGGCAUCGAGCGCCUCAAGAAGCAGAAGCCGACCUGGGAGCGGACCAGCGGCUGGGAGGGGAUGAAGGCGGCCUUCGGCGGUACCCUGUCCCUGUCCUGGCUCAACCCCUUCUCCAACCUGGACUGCAGCAGCCCACCGCCAACCCCUCCCGCCCCCGCGGCCGCUAUCAUGACACAGGAGGAGAUCGAGCAGUUCCUGGCUCAGGAGGUGUCCAUCCAAGUGCCCCACGAGUAGCAGAGCAUCCUCCCGGGGGCCACGGGACGCAUCCGGGCGGUGUGUGUUCUUUUAUUAACUACUUGUGGUGGAGAGGCAGGGUGGGUUUUCUUUUUUUUUUUUUUUAUUGUACUUGGGGUAUUUCUGGUGCAGAAUAUAACUCGGGACUAUUUAUGGGGCAGUCGGGUACAGCACCAGCAGAAGCAAUGCAAAUCUCCGGAGCAAGUUUUACCCAAAGCCAUACGCCCUAUGGAGCCGUGUCCUGCCUUACCGAGAUGUUCUUGUGUGGCCUUCAGGGAGAGAAGGCCUGGGCGACGUGCCUGGAUUCCCAGCCCCCAGUUGUGCAGCUUUGAGGCCCUGUAACACGCAGCAAAGAUAAUUAUCACCUUGGGAAAGAGAGAUGAAGGAGCUGGGGGAUAAACUGAGGUCCUGUGGAAGACCUGGAUUAACUUUCAGUCAUUUGUGAAAGCCCAAAUUCCACUUGGUAUUGCAAGGGUUUUUUUCCCCAUGGCAGUGAUAAAGGAGUUUGAACACGUGGUAACAAACAGUCUGAUGGGUGGCUGUUUGGAGCACAGUGGGGCCAAAACCCAGGAAAACAAGGGGAGAUGUUUGGAACCAUAGUGACCCCCCGUGUUUCUCCCCCUUUUCAAUGAAAAAGUAGAUUUAGGGGGAAAAAAAGAUGUGUAAGGAACUGUGUGCCUAUCCAAAAUGUCUUGGGUAAAGGGAAACGUGCUGCAACCUUGGGAAAACUGAGGUAUCCUCUUGCAGUAGGUUGGCCCUAUGAAGCAGCGCGGUGGGGAAAUGGGAGGCUGUUUCACUUCUGCACCAGCCCUCGUGCCUGCACAUCAGGGUCUGCAUCACAGGGACGUUGGGGAUGUGUGUGAAUCUCUACAGGGAGAAGUGGGUGCGUAAGGUGGAAGCUGGGAGCAGCUCGUGUUCCUCAGCUGUGGGCUGCUGUUCUCAGUUUACUCUCCCAGCUGUGUGUGAGGGCGGGGUUGCAGGGCCCCGCGGGAAAACCACCCCUGGAAACAGCGUUUGGGGUAAUGUGACAGCUGCACCCACAGUGCUGAUUGCUGGGGUGGUCUCCUUCCACUUCCUGCACUGCUCCUCAGCUGUGGGUUUGUGUGCUGUUUCAAUAGCUGAAACUGGAAAGCAGUGUGAAGGGGGGGACUCCUUUCUGCCCGCUCCAUGCUGCCACGUUUUUGCCCAUCAAAGGGGCAGGAGCUGGAAGAGUGCUGGCAUCAGGAAAUCAGAGCGUUCCCUCACUCCUUGGUACCCUCCUGCUCGGCCUUGGUACAGCAUGGCAAAAGUCUGAAGCAGCAGAAGCCCUCAUGAGUCGGAGCGAUCUGCUUCACUCCAAGCCCUGGCAUCCACCUCAUAGCGUAACUCCCACCAGGUAGCUUGAAACCAAAGUGAUUUCCAUGAAAUUGAAACCAGCCCCCUUCCCCUCCCCAUGGCAUCGUGCCUUCACCUCCAGCCUGGGCUGCGGCUUGCCAAAAAGGGACCCAGGCUGGGCUCCAUCAGCACUGCAGCGUGGGGCUUCAAUCCAUGGUGGAUGGGAUCACGGUGGCCAUGGGCAGCGUUCAUGGUCUUUUAAAGCAGGCUUUCUAUGCAAGUAAAGAACCUGUAUCUCUUGGAAAUGUGUAUAUUUUGGUAAUCGUAACUCUGUUUUAUGCCUCUGUAUGCUAACUGUACUUAUUAAAGAAUUAAUAUUUCCAUGCUGGA